AAAGAGUCCCCAGGCUAGCCUCCUCACUCUCCUCCUCUCCCACCACUGCCAGCCCAGCAGCUGCCUGGAGCCCUGCUUCCUCGGCCCUGAAACCAUGUCCCUAGGUCUCCUGUGCCUGGGCCUCACCCUGCUGGGGGCCCUGCACACCCACGCCCAGGACUCCACCGGAAAGCUGAUCCCAGCCCCACCCCUGCUCAGGGUUCCUCUGCAGCCCGACUUCCAGGAGGACCAGUUCCAGGGGAAGUGGUACGUCGUGGGCCUGGCAGGGAACGCAGUCAGCAAAGAAAAACAAGGUCAGUUUACGAUGUACACCACCACCUACCAGCUGAAAGACCACAGCUACAACGUCACCUCCACCCUGCUCAGGAAUGGGGACUGUGACUACUGGAUCAGAACUUUUGUUCCAAGCUCCAAGCCUGGCCAGUUCACCCUGGGCAACAUUAACCGGUACCCUGGAAUACAGAGCUAUACCGUGCGCGUGGUGACCACCAACUACAACCAGUCUGCCAUAGUGUUCUUCAAGAAGGUGUCGGAGAACAAGGAAUACUUCAAGACCACCCUCUACAGGAGAACCAAGGAGCUGCCCCCUGAACUGAAGGAGGACUUCAUCCGCUUCGCCAAAUCUCUCGGCCUCACCGAGGACCACAUCAUCUUCCCUGUCCCAAUCGACCAGUGCAUCGAUGACUGAGCGCACAGUGAGUGUGGCUGGAGGGGACUGGAAGGUGCCUCCUGUCUCUCCACCCUUCUCCCCCAUGUCCCCCUCUGUCCAGGGAACCACCAGCUGCCCCACCAGCCCCAACACCAGUGAGACUGGGAGACCCCUUUCCCGGUACCACCCACCCAACCAGCCUGCUGACGGAGCCCCACCUUGCCUGCUAAAUAAACAUAUGCCCCAAGGC